CUUGAGUUUGAGCGAUGUAAACGGCUUCCGUCGUCCAUUGCCAUUCAACAAUUUAGUUUCGCUCGAGAUCUCUUGGCGUACGCUUCAAGAUCCACCUGAAAAUCGUGUUACUUCGUAUAUUUAAAGCCAACAGGUGGUACGCGCAGUCUUUUUACCUUUCAAGUACCGUACUAGCUUAGAUCCGUAGAGUCAGUGAUGUUGAGAGUGUAUAAGGAACAUUUAGACUGCAUUGUGAUUUUAAAGAGUGCCGCCGUUCAAUAACUGACUAUUUAUUUAAAUUAUUUAAGGCAAUUAUAUGCUUAUCAAUCCUUAUAGUACGAAAAUAUUCAGAGCUUUCUGUUGAAUCAUUGAUUCUUAUAAUGGAUGUACAGACAUCGUCACAUCAUAGCCACGGGCUCGGGACACUAUCACAUGAGCUUCCACAUCGUAUUUUACAGCCGCACAUUCUACACUCAACUCAAGAAGAAACCCAUAAUACAAGUACAGGCCAGCUUGAUCACGAUUCCCAGCAUCUGCAACAACAUCACCUAUCUCAUCAUCAGCAACAGGUCGUUUCUCCGACUUUGCACAAUUCUCAGAACCCCCGCACUGUUGAUAACCUGAGCAGUACUAUCAAUGCUAAUCAAAAUCAGCAUAGUCAUCAACAUCUUUCCGGAAGUAACGUGUAUACCUCACCCCAAAUGGAAGAUAAGUCAAAAGCGAACAAGUUUGAUGAAUAUUCAAACAGGAUACUGAGCAACAUUUCGGAUACCAAUACGACGCCAUCUGCUAACAAUUUCAUGUCACAGGCCCAAGGCGUGGAGUGGAUAACAGCCAUGAACGAUAUUCAAAACGGGGCAGAAGACUCACACAGUUCGCAGGGCAGUAUUUCUGGUGAUGGUCAUGGAGGCGUUAAUCAACUUGGUGGUGUAUUCGUUAAUGGUCGCCCACUUCCCGAUGUCGUUCGUCAGCGUAUUGUGGAGCUGGCCCACAAUGGUGUCCGCCCAUGUGACAUAUCACGACAAUUACGCGUUAGUCAUGGUUGUGUGUCUAAAAUACUUUCAAGAUAUUAUGAGACUGGUAGUUUUAAAGCUGGUGUUAUCGGCGGCUCCAAACCGAAAGUGGCCACUCCUCCGGUUGUAGAUGCAAUAGCAAACUAUAAACGCGAAAAUCCCACAAUGUUUGCUUGGGAAAUACGAGAUCGACUUUUGGCAGAAGCUAUAUGCUCCCAGGAUAAUGUUCCCAGCGUUUCUUCUAUAAACCGAAUUGUAAGGAAUAAAGCCGCCGAGAAAGCCAAACACGUACAUCAUCACCAGCAGCACCAUGUUCCACAGAGUCUCGGUGGGGGACAUAUUGCAACGGAAAGUCUUGACAGCAGCACUGGAACGAAUGGGGAACCGCAGCAACCAACUAGUAAUAGCAGUGCUAAUUCCGCCAACACAAAUGUCUCUGCGUCGGCGAGUGUACACGUAUCUAUACCGACGUCAGGCACUGAUUCUGUUCAAGUUUCAGUCGGUCAAAUCAAUACCAAUAGUAAUGAAACCAGGCUUAUAAACUCAGCGACUGAACAACGAACGACUGGAUAUAGCAUAAAUGGCAUUUUGGGAAUACAACAUGGUCACCACUCUCACAACAACAAUAACAACAGUAGUGUUAACAAUAAUAAUACGGAAUCUAGUUGUAAACGCAAAAGAAUUGAAGCUCAUGAUGAGAACCGUGACGCAAAUAUACAUUCCGAAGAUGAUGGAAAACGGCAACGUAUGUCAACGUACAGUGGCGAUCAACUUUAUCCAAAUAUUUGGUCAGGAAAAUGGUGUAUAAAGGAUGAGCACAAGCUCCUUGCCGAGCUAGGCAAUUUAUCAACCGGCACUGGAAACUGUGCUGCAACCUACUAUGAGGCAUCAAACGGAUUUUCAACAAACCCAAUAUCAGGAUCUGGUCCCACAGCAUCUGGCAGCGAUACUUCUAUGUUGUACGACAGUAUUACAACGAUUUCGCAAACUCAAAGUUCACUUUAUACACCAGCAAUCGGACCUUCAAUUGGAGCCAGUUCGCUUACCCCGUUAGUUCCUAUUAGUAUGCAUGAAAUGAAGUUUAGCACAAAUUCAAUACAGGAACAAACAGUCCCUCCAUUUUACACAGCUCUAGCAUUUGACGGAAACUACACAUCAAUGACCAGUGUGGAAAAUUGUUCAUCCUUAGUCGGGCAAGAACACAUUGUUGUGACAGAAAGCUCGGAUCCGACAACUAUUUGCCCGAUUAGUACUAGGAUUGCGCCAGACAAUACGGAACGUAAUAGUACCCGUGUUAAGGAGACCCUGACUAAUAGUGAUGGAGGCAGAGAUGAUAAUAAUACGGAACCUGAAAAGUCUAUCUCUAAUUCGCAAUCCAGUGAUCAUAUUGCUUUACCACAUCUACAUCAAAUAGGAGAGGAGCAAUUGAGAGGAAAUAGGCGAGCACACUUAAACACAAGUACACAUCCAUCUUCUCUAAUACUUCUGCAGCCGAGCGGAGGAACAUCGUCACUAAAUAUAAACCCGUCUGACAAUCGAUCAGAUGUUGAACCCAAUCUAAGUAAUAACGUAGGCCUUUAUUCAACACCUACAAUGCUACCAAGUUUUAAUCACUACCCCGCAGGAUGCAACUCAGUUGGGCCCGGCUCAGAUUACGCCUACAACCCUGCAUAUACGCAGUAUGGCGGAGCUUACGGAUCCUAUGGCUAUGGCACUGGCAGCGGCUUGAUAAAUUCGUCCUACUACUACGAGACCGGACAAACCCAGCUACCAUUAACACAAGAUCUGCGUUCACCUUUAGCUGCAACACGCGCAAACUCUCUAGCAUCAGCUGCAUCACCCGGAAGUGGAAGUGCGUGCACAAAAUCCGAAUCAUCGGACAUUUUUCUUGCUUAAUUAAGCGUAAUAUAAACAAUAAGUAAGAGAGUUUAAAGUACUCACAACACAAAUACUUCAUUAAAUUUAUUUAGGAUUUACA